AGUUGUGCGCUCUGGCGUGUCAUCUGUUUGACAGUUCAAAUCCACCGAACAGAGCUACACGUUUACCGCCGGUAGUUGAGUGCUUUUCGAUCUUGCUUUCGCUUCGGGGGCUGCCGCUCGGCUCGCGGCGGUUCCGGAUAGACUGUGGUGAGCUGCGUGCUAGUACAAUUCAAAGGACUAAACCACGGGACUUGCGUUCCAGAAAGAUGGACAACUCUGUGAACGAUUACUACGCGUACUGUGAUAACAAUAUUAUCGACUGGAAACAAGAAGCCGAAGCAGUGAUCCGAGAUGUUGCCCAGCACGUUCGGCACAUAUCGGUUUCCACCGACCUGCCCCCAACGCGCACAGAAUCGUUCAUUAACAUCACAACACUGGAUGGCAAGCAGAUGUGCGUAAAGCUGAAUGCCGAAGGUUUACAAAUUGUGGGAGAUAUGCACGACACUAAAGAUGAGGAAUGUUCUUCGAACCAUCGUUACGAAACACCCUACGCUCUGUUGUCAGUUGUAAGCUCGUACGUAAAUUCCUUCGGCAACUCGCUUGUAAGCGCAUUAAGUAAACUAGAACAAAAGACUGCACAGGAGGAGCGUUUGUCGGAUAUCGAAUAAAUUGUUACUUGUAUUUCUUA